CUUGACUUGUGUUUCUCCCUUGACUGAGGCAACUCUUCGCUUCUCCCUUCAACCAAAAACUUCCUUUCCUUUUUAUUUAGGCGCACUUUCAAGUUUGUGUCUCAUUUCCUAGACGAAUAUAUCUUGCUUUACUUAUGGCAUCAUCCUCUCUUUCGUCUACACGAAGCUCCUCAUGGACGCCUAGACAGAACAAGCUAUUUGAGGAGGCUUUGGCACGGUAUGACAAGGACACACCAGACCGCUGGCACAACAUAGCACGGGCAGUAGGCGAGAAAUCAGCAGACGAAGUGAGGAGGCAUUAUGAGGCCCUAGUCAAGGACAUCAUGCAGAUAGAAACUGAUCAAGUACCAAUACCUAAUUACAGGUCUAUUCCAAACAAUGGUAGAGGAUAUGGCAAGAACAGAGGCUUCUGAAGAAUCUUAAGUUACAGUGAGCAACUCUGUCCGGGGAUUACUACUUAAUUACUAUAGGAAGAUCUGCAAAAGCCAGUGGCAUCGAGAGAAAGUGGUUUUCGUAAUGUAUUGUGUAUUCCCAAGCGUUUCAAAAACAAAUAAGAAAGAUCUAUGUAACUCUUUAUUCACAAGGUUGAUUAAGCUGUAAUGUACUGUGUUGUUCAAAAAUGUACAAUAUGUUUUAUUUUGCCUAUGCAGUCUCAUAGUGAUUUUGUU